AUGAAUAACUCCUUAUACUCAAACCUCUACCAUGUGCUCAACUUGAGGCAUGAGUACCCGCGUGAUGAGCUGCAGAGUGAUAUAGUUCCAUGGUUGCUAUGGCGCCUAUGGAAAUGCCGAAAUGAGUUUCUAUUUAAGGGGAGAGAAUAUGAGGCAAGGAGUGUCUUGAGAAAAGUGCAGGAGGAUGUGGAAGAAUGGAGGGAGAGGAAAAAGGAAGAAGCAAGUGAGGCAGAGAGAGUAGGGGCAAGAAUACCCACAACCGCAAACCAACGUUGUGUUUGGAAACCUCCACCCGCCAACUGGCUGAAAUGCAACAGCGAUGGAGCAUGGAACCACAAUAGAGUUAACAGUGGGUUGGGGUGGGUCUUAAGAAAUGAAAAGGGUAAUGUGUUGUGGGCUGGGGCAAAAGCGGUGACAAGAGCAGUCUCCACCAUCGUCACAGAAGCGGAAGCUCUUAAAUGGGCAGUACAGAACAUAGUUUCUCUUGGCUACAAGUAUGUUAUUUUUGAAUCAGAUUCCCAAACUUUAGUGAGGAUGAUAAGUGGCCAAGAGGAAGUGUGGCCGAUACUGCAGCCUAUAGUGGAGGAGACUCGCAGAUUAUUGUCACAAGUUCAGUUCUUUCAGGUGUGUUUUUACCCAAGAGGAGGGAAUAAGGUUGCAGACAGGAUAGCAAAGGAGACUUACACUUUUGUGUCUAUUGUCCCUAAGUUAUAUUCUGUUGUGCCUAUCUGGUUGAAAUUUCAGGUUAUGUCUGAUAAAACAAUGUAUGAAAACAGUGGUGGUGAAUGA